AUGCCUGGCGAUACGGCGGUUAAGGCCAUGGAGACGACGGAGCCGGUAGGAAAUAAUCAGAAUUCCGGUAAGAGUAAUUCGAAGGACGCCGAGUCAACAGAUAUCGAGUUCAAGAUUCUCGCGGCUAUGCGAUCCCGCGUAACUGACCUCAGAGACAAAGCAGAUUCUUUCACCUUCGUGAGUGUGCGGAGGCUGCUGGAGGAAGAUAUGGGAUUGGAUAAAUAUGCUUUGGAUGUGCAUAAGGGCUUUGUCAAGGAGCAUCUGGUCAAGUGCUUAGUAGAUGCUGGGAAUGACGGCGAUUCAGAAAACUCUCAAGAAACUGAGACUAAAAAUAUGAAGGAUGAGGGGAAUAAAGAAGCCCUAAUGAAUGAUAUAAGGAAAGCCCUGCGAAAAAGAGCUUCUUACAUUAAGGCUAAUUCAGAGAAAAUUACAAUGGCUUUACUUCGUCGACUUUUGGAGCAAGAUCUUAAGUUAGAGAAGCAUUCUCUUGAUUCCUAUCUCUUGAAGAAGUUCAUUAACAAAGAAUUAGAUGAAGUGAGUACUUUAAAUUGA